AUGACCCCUAUCACCUUAUACACUCUUUGUAUAUUCUUAUUUUUAAUUCCAAGCACAUAUUCAUCCCCCAUUGGUUGUUUGCCUGAGCGCAUCAAUUACAGAUCAUAUUAUCCGUGUUAUGAACGCAACUCAGAGGAAGAUGAGCGAGCAGAAGCCAUUUUUACUGGUCAACCAACACGAUUAGCGAAAACGGGCUUCUACGAUCGGUUGUUCAGAACUGCGAACACAAUUCAAUGGCAAGGAAAAUACGCGUACUAUCCGACUUAUGGCUUCAACCCCAAUUUGCCAACUGGAGUAUAUCGUUAUAGUAACUUCUUUACCAAACCCGUGGACCAACAAAACGAAACUGUAUAA